UAGCAUUUUUCUUAUACGGCAGCUUAAUAAACUUUUGUUUUUUAAUUUAACUUGUGUGUGCAUAAAGAAAAUUGUAACGUGAUUUUUUUUUAAGAGUUUUUAAACUUCAGUUAAUUCAAUAUGCUUACAAACUAAAUAACUUUGACAAUAAUGAAAUCAGAGAUUUCAAUGAUCAGGUUAAUGGUACUAUCUCUUUGUACUUUUGUAAGUACAAAUGCUGAUGCAACGGAUACAUUAUCAAAAAUUAUAUUGGAAAAACUUAUCAGGAUCAAACAUGAAAAACGUUUAAUAAAAGAUUCCCUCAAUGCGUGGAUUGAUGAAAUUCAUCCACUUAUAUCAGAUAAAGAUGUAUGCUGUGACCUGAGAAAUGUUAUUGAAGAAAUUCCAUUGAACAAAUCAAAUGAUUUUUAUUUACAUCCUAACUAUAUUCCUGUCAAAAGAUGCGUUGGUAGUUGCCAGUUAUUUCACAAAUGCCUUCCUAUAUCUUUUACUACAAAAUCUGCAAGAGUACAUAAAGUUUUGGACACUCAAAUGGAAGUUUAUAAAGUAGAUUACAUAAAUCACGAAUCUUGCAACUGUGAUUGCGCCAUUAAAAAAGAGGAUUGCUCAUCUCUACAAACCUAUGAUUCUAAAAACUGCAUGUGCAAAUGUUCUACAACUUCAAAAAUAUGUCCUUCAAACAAGCAGUGGUCAGAUAUAGAAUGUGACUGCGCUUGUAACGAGCAAUCUAAGAUCUGCGAUAACGGAAAAACUUGGAACAAAGAAAUUUGUCAGUGUGAAUGUUUAUUACAAUGUUGUCCAAUGGAAAAGAAACUUGAUAAACAAAAUUGUUUAUGUGUUACUUAAAAAAAUUUUUAAUGAAUAAAUCUAUGAAAAAAGCGAAAUA